AGACACAUUUUGUUUUAGUAAUUUAAUAAAUCUAACACAUUUUAUAAUUAUUUUUCAUUUUAGUGGAUUCUUAUUUCAGAGGACAAACAGUAUAUGUUUAUACCGACUCGCAGCGGCAAAUAUCUUCUGAUGCUGAACGGCUACACGUAUUCUCAAAUGAAACAAAGUAAAAACUACUACUGUUCCAAGAAAGAUGCAGGAUGUAAGGCUCGGGUGAAACUGCUCGCAAAUGGGGCGAUCUCACCUCUGUCAGUCACCACUCACUCUCACUCUCCGCCGAAAUACAUGAUAACCUCUGAUGGUCAUUAUGUAAAAAUCCACGCCUAGAUUCUUAAUUAUUACAAACACAAGAAUGUUCAUAAUGUGAUUUAAACAAAUUCUUUCACUUUCGAACUUUUUACGUAUAUUGCUUUCCUUAUUUUUAGAAUAAAGUGACUUUGUGAUUUUGUUAGAAGUUUUAUUUAGCAAAUAUCGUCAUAAGCUCCUUGCCAUUAAUAUGAACGGAAAUUUAGUAGCAUGCUUUAUAAACAUUUUUGAAUAUCAUAUCAAAAAUUGACCGCUCCAGCAUGCUUUAUUUUCAGAUUCUUUUGGUGAUGAUAUUCCUGUUUUAAAAAUACCGACGCAUCGUGGAAAAUUUCUUAUAAUGGUCGAAGGCUAUACUUACUCCCAAAUGAACGACACUGAUAACUAUUACUGUUCGAAAAAAAAUCUAGGAUGCCGAGCUCGAGUCAAAGUUAGUCGUGAUGGAAGACUGUUAAAGAAUACUUUAACACCUCAUUCUCAUCCUCCACCAAAAUAUAUGAUCACUUCAAACGGUGAUUACGUAAAACUUAGUUAAAUAAAAAUUGAUCAAGAUUGUAAAGAAAUGUUUCAUUUAAAUUCGGUAUCGUCAUACACAUUCGGUAUGCCUUGUUCUUGUCACAUAAAGGUUAUCGUAAUUGGCAAUGCAAAAUCCAAUAUGAAUAUGAAUAAAUAUAUGUGUAUUAAGGAAUCGAUUUGAUUUUUUAUUUUACCUUUUUAUGUUCUUUUCUUUGGUUUCCUAAUAGAAAGUUUAUAAAAAUGUCUAAAAUUUCAGAUAUAGAAUAUAAAUUAAUUCCCUCUAGAAGAGGUAACCAAUUGUUAGUUACCGGCGGCUAUUCUUACACAAAAGUUCGAGCAGACUAUUGGAGAUGUUCCAGUAAAAGCAGGACUUUAAAAUGCGAUGCCACUAUUAAUCUUAAAGAUGGAAGAAUUAUUAAAUUAAAUAGACGUCAUUGCCACCCACCCAAAAAACGAAAAGAAAAUACGGAAGCUCUUAAAAUUAAAUAUGAAGUCGGUAUAUCACAACGAGGUCGAAAGUUACUGUUAAUUGACGGUUACGCUUUCUCCCAAAUAAGAAAGUGUUAUUGGAUAUGCUCAAGCAAAUUCCAAGAUUGUAGAGCAAGGUUACAACUAAACGAAGAUGGCGAAAUCAUCAAAAUUUGCAGAGAGCACUCUCAUCCGCCUAGGAAAUAUACUCGAACAUCAGAAGGAGAAAUUAUUCGACUUUAUAAAUAAGACACUAUUAAUUAUCUUUAUUUGUUACGUUGGCUAUAAACGAGAAUUUGAAUAAAAUUCAAAUGUAUGUUAUUCAUGAUUUUACCUGACGUAUUUAAUGCCAUAGGACUGCUAGCUUGAUUCGGAAAAAUAUUCGUGUACAAUAUUUUCCAAUUGUUAUUUGGGUUAUUAAUAUGACGAUGUUAGCGACGGAGUUUCUAUACUCAUACUAGAAUUAUAUUGCUUGUAAAUGUUGUUAUUGACGUAAUAGUAUUAACUAUUAUUUAAGUGUAUCUAUUUUUUAAAUAAAAUAUUGAUCACG